CCUUCUUCCGUUAUUCGUCGUGAAGACUCUCACGAAUAGGGUUUUGGAGGGUUUUUUUGGUCGAGGAGAAAACGCACAAAUCUUGAAAUGGAGUUCGAGAAGAGAAAAGCGGCGACGCUAGCGUCGCUGGGCUCAACCGAGACCGACAAAUCACCCAAGGGCACGUUAGACGCGCCCAUCAUCCCUCUCCUCAACACCCUCAACCACCAUCCCUCCUACUUCACCACCAGCUCCUGCUCGGGCCGUAUCUCUAUCCUAUCCCAACCAAAGCACACAAAUAAUGAUAAUAAUACCAAGAAAAAAGCCAGAGGCGGCACGUGGCUCUUCGUCUCCCACGACCCAGCCGAUACCGACUCGGUCAUCUCCCUCCUCUUCCCCCCAGAGUCGACUCACCACCAACCCCACUCCGAACUUGUCCUCAGGUUCGAGCCGCUCAUCGUCGCAGUUGAGUGCAAAGACCUCGCUUCUGCUCAGUCUUUGGUCUCCACGGCCAUAUCGUCCGGGUUCAGAGAAUCCGGCAUCACCAGCGCGGGCAAGCGCGUAAUCGUAGCAAUCCGGUGCUCGAUUCGGAUGGAGGUGCCGUUGGGGACCACCGAGAAGCUUCUGGUUUCGCCCAUGUUCGUCCGGUACCUCGUCGACGUGGCUAACGAGAAAAUGGAAGCUAAUAGGAAGAGAACCGAAGGGUUUUUUCGUGCUUUGCGGCAGAGUGAUGGCUUUGCGGGGCCUGACGUGAGUGCAGCAUUCGUUGGCAGUAUCGACUCCGUGUGUAAUGAGGACGCUGACUUGGAAGAAAGAGAUGGUGAUGCGCAUUCGGGAAAUUUGAUUGACAACGGAGGGACGGUGGGAGUUUCCAGUUGUUGUCUGUCUGUUGUUCCAAUGGUGAUAGUUGGUGAACCCGUGGAGAAGCUUUUUCUCUGGGGUCACUCGGCUUGUAUAUUGGAUAACAAAAACGAGAACAAAGCUAUGAUAUUUGGUGGUUUCGGAGGCAUGGGAAGGCAUGCAAGAAGGAAUGAGUCUUUACUGCUUAAUCCAUUUGUGGGCACAUUAGAAACGAUGAAUGUAGAGGGCAGUCCAACUCCACGUUUAGGUCACACUUGUUCUUUGGUUGGAGAUUUUGUCUUUGUUAUUGGGGGCAGGGCUGAUCCUGUGAACAUUCUAUGUGAUGUAUGGGUCCUUAAUGCAGCAAAGAAUGAAUGGAGAUUAGCAGAAUGUACCGGAAGUGUUUUUCCUCCCAGGCAUAGGCAUGCAGCAGCCGUCAUAAGCUCAAAGAUAUAUGUAUUUGGUGGACUUAAUAAUGAUUCAAUUUCUUCAUCAUUUCAUGUCCUUGACACAGUGAAACUGCAGUGGAAAGAGUUACCAGUUGCCGGGGAAUGGCCGUGUGCCCGUCACUCUCACUCGAUGGUGGCAUAUAGGUCUCAGAUAUUUAUGUUUGGAGGGUACAAUGGUGAGAAAGCACUUGGUGACUUGUAUAGUUUUGAUGUUAAAACAUGUCAAUGGAAGAAGGAAAAGACUUCAGGAAGAAGUCCACAAGCUAGGUUUUCCCACUCUAUGUUUGUGUACAAUAAUUAUCUUGGGCUUAUUGGUGGUUGCCCGGUUCGACAACAUUGUCAAGAGUUGGCAUUACUUGAUUUGAGGAUCCUCGUAUGGAAGCAUGUGACACUAGAUUCUGCUGGAAAUGAUUUGUUUGUACGAAGUACUGCCAACAUUUUUGGUGACUAUCUUGUUAUGAUUGGUGGUGGGGCCUCUUGUUAUGCAUUUGGAACGAAGUUUAGCGAGCCAAUGAAAAUCAACCUGCUUCCCUUGAUAUCUUUAAAUGACAAUCCUUUGCCUUCUAAAAUUAGAGAAGUGCACGGUACCCAUCGAAAUGAUGUAGUGAUGGGAGAAAAGAAUGCCAGUUUUCAACACCCACGAUGUGAGAAUGGACGAACUUUAUCCAAAGCUUCUAGCUUGAAUUUGGGGGUUGAAUCAGCUGGAAUGAAUGGAAGUCAUAUGAUUGCUUCGCAUUGGGUUUUACAACUUGAAAGAAAAUAUGCAAAAUUAGGAAAGGAUAUAUUGAAAAAAUUUGGAUGGUUAGAUCUUGGGAGGAAGGUUUAUUCUAGGGAAGAUGGAAUGCAUAUAUAUUUUCCUGUGACUAAAACAUUUAAUGGAGCAUAUCAUGAAAGGCUGAAUCAUUCAUUAGAUGAAUCUAAUGGACAUAAUGACCUUCAUGUAUUAAAGCCAUAUACCGGAAAAGUGCUUGUGUUAGAUGAGAUCUCAUGUUUGGAAGCCUUGAAUAUUUUGGAGGAGUUCGGUGCCAGAAAGUCAGUAGAUGAGGUAGUUGAAGUCAAAAGAACUGCAAAAUCUCCAUUAAAAGUAAUGAGUGAAGCUGUGGCCUCUUUGAUAAAGCACAAAGGCCUUUCAGAACAACUUUUAGAGGAGCUACCCACAAGAUGGGAGCGACUUGGUGAUAUUGUUGUGCUUCCUAUCAUAUCCUUCAAGGAUCCAGUAUGGGACUCAAUUGGGCCUGAGCUUUGGCCUAUUGUUGCCAAAUCACUUAAUACUCAUCGCCUUGCCCGUCAGGGUCAAGUUGCACAAACUGGUACAAGGGACAGUUCUUUGGAGAUUCUAGUUGGAGAUAAUGGUUGGGUUGAUCAUCGGGAAAAUGGAAUUCUCUAUUCUUUUGAUGCUACAAAGUGUAUGUUCUCCUGGGGCAAUCUUUCUGAGAAACUUCGUAUGGCCCGUCUGGAUUGUAGAGAUGAAGUAAUUGUAGAUUUAUUUGCCGGAAUUGGAUAUUUUGUGCUACCAUUUCUUGUCAGGGCCAAUGCAAAAUUAGUUUAUGCUUGUGAGUGGAAUCCCAAUGCCAUCGGAGCACUCCAACAUAAUCUACAAGCAAAUUCUGUGAGUGAUCGCUGUAUCAUACUUGAAGGAGAUAACCGGAUCACAGCACCUAAAGGUGUUGCUGAUCGUGUCUGUCUUGGUCUCCUUCCAACAAGUGAGAGUAGCUGGGUCACUGCUGUUAGGGCAUUAAGGAUUGAGGGUGGGAUGUUACACGUGCACGGGAAUGUGAAGGACUCAGAGGAGGAAUUGUGGAAGGAACAUGUUUCAAAGUCAAUAUUGGAAAUUGCUAGAUCGGAAGGUUACUGCUGGCAAGUUUCAAUAGAACAUGUGGAAAGAGUAAAGUGGUAUGCCCCGCACAUCCGCCAUCUUGUUGCAGACGUUUCAUGCAGAGAGACCCGAUUAUAUUAAUUUAACAGACGGCAUGAAGUCAUAUUAGUUUAUAGGUUUAUUUUAUGUAAUCUAUUUGUGUAUGUAGCAGUUCUCUAUAUGAAUUGUUCCUGCAUGUAGAACGCUUUGUAUCAAAUAUUGGGGGGGUAAUUCUCAGAUAAAUAGAAGAAGUUGAGACUUGUGCUUUAUGAUGA